AUGAAGCUCGAAGCGCAGGGAUGGGACUUUCCGAUUGACCUCGACGGCCAUGGGUGGUCGAGCGACGACGGUGACUCACCAGACCCACCCCCAGUUCCCGUCAAGGAUACGGUAUACCCCCCGUUGCCUGACGUCGGUGCAAUGACCGCGAAUCUAGAUUAUCCGGCAUGGGCAGCUCAGAAGCUCCGACAGCAGCAGUCGUCUUUCGAGUUGCUGAAAGCAAAGCUAACCGCAACCCCUUCGCAACCUCUUCUCUACACGGGUGCAAAGACGCCAAGAUCCAUUCCGUCUGCCGGGACCUACACGCCGGUUCCUUCGACUCCGAAAAAAGAAAGCAUCACUCCGCCACGGGACGAAGCUAAAUCGUCGCGGGCUAAGACCCCUCAGACAGGUAUCACCCCUCAGUUUUCGAGGGUCAGUGUAAAGCAACCUCCGUCUGCGCCUACCCCUGUCAGGCUGCCUAAGCUGGCUCCGAAACCUACGGCCAACUGGUCGUUGAAUUCGCCCCUUAAUGCCGUCCCCGCCGGAAGCGAGUAUCUGGAGGUGGUCCCUCGUAACCCAUACCAGGCCUAUCUGAACAACAACGUGUCCUACUAUGUUCAAUGGGAGCUGGAGCGACAACUGCUGCUCGCCGGGCUUACUUGGGACAAUGUUCGAUUCGAGGAUUUCGAAGUAUUGCGAGGCGAGGCGGUUACAGCCAUGCCAUCAGUGCCGCUGGUCGUGCAAAAGAUUGGCACCCGAGAAGCCAAGCUGGUCGAGCCGGAUACGUCCACGGUACCAGCUCGCACUCUGAUCGAAAUCGACCAAGAGGAGCGGUCAAUCAUGGAUCAGGACCUCCGCGGCGUCCAGAACGACUCGAGGGACUGGUCUUACGGAGGCAAGCUCAUGCUUGCAGUCAAUCUGGAGUACGACAUUCAUCCGACCAGCCCGCCAUGUCCUCCCGACUCCUUCGCCGAUGGGAAUCCGUUCGCACCAGUUUGGCCCUUCAACAUGCAGCUUCAACCGAUCGAGAUGCCGGGCCGUUCCAACAGACUCGCUCGGCGCUUUGGCAGCCGACGCCUCCUGUACCUGAGGUUUGGCUCUGUUCCACGUCAGCAGCGUGACCUCGUAUUCGGAUUGUUUCGGGGUCAUGGUCUCGUGCUGUUUGGAAGGGUGUUCAGAGUCCUCUACAUUCCCACGGAUAGUGACACUGCGAUCGCGAUCCAGGUUGAUGAAGAGGCUCCGGGCGCCCCUGCUCUCAAAGAGCCCAAGGUGUUCUCAUUUCUUCAGCUACUCGGAUUGAUCCCGGACAUUGUUUGCCUGACUGCCACAAACCCUUCCGAUCCAGAGGCUUGCGAGAUUCUGAGCGACGGUUGCGGUCUCAUGUCUCAGAAGAUCCUGCACCACCCCUUCUUUGCCGAUCUUCGCUGGCCGCCAUGCUCCGUGCAAAUGCGCUUGGGUGGAUCCAAGGGCGUCCUCUCACUCAUGAGCAGGGAGCAGGAGGAAGAGUACGAAGCAGAUGUCAUUUUACGCCCGUCGAUGAUCAAGUCCAAGUCAGCUGCAGGCUUCUCCGACGAUCCCUCCGUUCUUACUCUUGAUGUCCUCAAAGUGGACGGACUCAAAGUGGGCUGCAACCUCUCUAGCGAAGCUAUAAUCAUCAUGGAGGAUAGAGGCGUUCCGCCCGACGUCCUGAUCGCCAAGGCAGAGCUCGAGUUCGAGAAGAUUCGCGAGAAUCUGCUCCCAGUUCCCCAUCCAGGAGAAAACGAGGACGAUGUCCGCCAGCGCCUUCUGCACGCCGUCUACACUUUAGGAGGCGUAGGCAGUGAGCGGGAGAAGCGGCGGUGCCGACAGCUUGGCAAGUCAACGAAGGUGGCAGGCCUUUCGCUCGAGAGCACCCAGCAAGAUGAGCACGAGGAAGACACCUCCGUGGCAGAGAACGGCUUCUUACCCGACGAGUCCGUGUGGAUGUCGCAGAAACUCAAGUUCAUGGUCAGGUCGUUGACGGACCGGGCUGUUAGUGAUUUCAAACUGCCUGUGGACCAGAGCCUGUCGGCGCUCAUCGUGCCGGAUACUUUGGGUGUUCUCAAGCCCAACGAAAUUUACAUAGCGCCUUCCUCGGCCACAUUGGUGAACCCUAGAACAAUGAGACCGAUGAGCUGCGUUGAAGGCGAUGUUCUGAUCUUCCGUUCACCUUGCAAGUUGCCGACAGACGUUCGCAAGAUGAGGGCGGUUUACCACUCGAAGCUCAAGCAUCUGCAGGACUGUAUCGUCAUGUCAGCAGACAGCGCGAUGUGCACUGCCUCCCCUGCCAGCUUGCUUGCCGGAGGCGAUUAUGACGGAGACACGGCCACUGUGAUCUGGGACGAAGAUCUCGUCAAACCCUUCCGCAACGCACCAGAACCUGACUUGGACGAGAAGAAGUUUCAAGCAGAGAACUUUAACAAGGAAGUCGUCGCUGUCAUUGACUUUCUGCACGCCGUCCGAGGCAGAUCGCAUGGCAAGGAAGAGGAGGCCAGGAUGAUUAUCAAUCUGCAGCACUUCUUGCUCGGAGGUAUCAUGGACCAGCAGCUGACUGGCCGAUACUCCGCUAUGCACGACUACGCCGUUUACACUCUCGGCCCGUCUCACCCGGUGACUGUUCGUCUGGCAAACAUGUUCUGUCUCGUGCUGGACUCGCGCAAGUCAGGUCUAACGGUGAAGCCGGAGGUUCUGAAGGCAGACCUUCAGCGUUACGGGAGCCAGGAAGUCUUCUGGAGGAAAUUCAAGAAGGGACAGCUCGACGGGGAGUAUAACAUCUCGUACGCCAAACGCUCCAAGGACUUGCCUGAGUUCAUUAGCGCACAGCUUCACGUUCUUCAAGCCUUUGAAACACGUGAGACUCCGGACGACUUCUCCAGCCUCUUAGAUGAGUACACGACGUUCAGGGAGUCGAUGGAGGACGAGGAGACGAACCUUCAGCUGUCGGUUUUGAAUAAGCACGUCACCGCCUGUGUGGAACUCCUACCCCUUGUCUACUUCUCAGGGGAGGACCUGGGCGACGCGUACAUGAAGCGGCUGAAGAAUGGACGCUUCUACCAGCGUCAAGCAUGGCCCCAAGAGAGUGCAGCUGACGAUGCGUCCAUCGCAUCGUCUCUGAGCUCCUCACGGACAAACUCGUCGAAGCCAACUUCCACGGAGAUUUUCAGGCGAAUGAAUGCCUUGAGACAGCUGUGGACGAGUCUGCCUAAGCCAUCCAAGAUCCCGCGCCUUGCAUCAUUGGGUUCAGCCAGACUUGAGGAGCUGAAGAUCUUGUGCUGCAUCGACAUUUGCGCGCGAUCCCGCCGGGCUGUGAAAUUACCGUAA